CACGCCUGAACCAACAAGAAACAGGAUUCCUCUCUUCUUCUUCUUGGCAGCUCUCGUAUUCUUCCUAAAACCUGUUCCUGAAGAUUCAGAAUUAUUAUUGAGAGAUUACAUAUACUUUAGGAAAUUAUGCCGAGAAAAGGAAUGAGGAGCAUUUUCUUCAGGUCUUCGUCCCCAUCUAGAACAAGUAUCCCACCUUCAUCACCGAGCCUCAGAUUCUCUGAAUCGUUAAUGGAGGACAACAUCGAAAUCGUGGAGUCUCUCCUUAAUAAGUGGGAUUCUGAUUUCUCCACCUAUGCCAAAAUCACCUCCCUUUUCCACGGCGACCGCACCCUGGCCAAACAGUACCUACACUCCGUCAAAGGCUUGCAGUCCGCCAUGCAAUACUUGGUUACCCAGAACGCUGCCUCCGACAAGCUUGUUAAGGCUCAGAACUUGAUGGAAAGGGCUAUGAAGAGGUUGGAGAAGGAGUUCUACCAGAUUUUGUCGGCUAAUAGGGAUCACCUUGAUCCUGAAUCGGUUUCCACCCGCUCUUCCAGAUCCUCGGCGUCGAGGUCGAGUAUUUCGGACUUGGAGGACGACGAGUUGGAGGACGAGUUUCGAGUUGCCGGAGAGUCGAUCUCUGAGGUGGAGCGAGUCUCGGUGGCUGCCAUGGCUGACUUGAAAUCCAUUGCGGACUGUAUGAUCUCCACCGGUUAUGGGAAAGAGUGCGUGAAAAUCUACAAAAUAAUACGUAAGUCGAUUAUAGAUGAGGCCUUGUAUCAUCUUGGGGUUGAGGAGUUGAGUCUCUCGCAGGUGAAGAAGAUGGAUUGGGAGGUGCUGGAGCUGAAGAUCGGGAACUGGCUGAAAGCUGUAAAAAUUGGCGUGAAAACUCUCUUCUAUGGAGAGAGGAUUCUCUUGGAUCACGUGUUUUCGGCUUCCGUAGCAAUCAAAGAAUCGUGCUUCGCUGAGAUUUUAAGAGAGAGCGCGAUGAGCUUGUUUGGAUUCCCGGAACUCGUGGCAAAGUGCAAAAAAUCUCCCGAGAAAAUAUUCCGCACGCUGGACUUGUACGAAGCUAUCUCUGAUCUCUGGCCGGAGAUCGAAUCAAUUUUCUCGUACGAAUCAACCUCGGGAAUCCGAUCACAGGCCAUCAGUUCUCUGAUCAACCUCGGCGAUUCGGUGCGAACGAUGCUAAUGGACUUCGAGAAGGCCAUACUGAAGGACUCAUCGAGGACUACUGUCUCUGGCGGUGGAGUACACCCUCUCACGCGCUACGUUAUGAACUACAUCUGCUUCCUCGCCGAUUACAGCGGUGUGCUAACCGACAUUGUCGCUGACUGGCCUUUAGUAUUACAGUCGCCGUUACCGGAAUCCUACUUCGCGAGUCCAGGUCCCGACGAUAGUCCGAUUUCCGUCCGAAUAGCGUGGCUGAUCCUUGUCCUCCUCUGUAAGCUUGACGGCAAAGCCGAGUUCUACAAGGACUCUGCGCUCUCGUACCUUUUCCUGGCAAACAACCUCCAAUACGUCGUCGUUAAGGUGCGCACAUCGAACCUGAAACUUUUUCUUGGUGAGGAUUGGGCGAUGAAGCACGAAUCAAAAGUCGAACAGUAUGCUUCGAACUACGAGCGGAUCGGUUGGAGCAGAGUGUUCGAGUCAUUACCGGAAAAUCCAACGACCGAGAUUUCGCCGGAGCAAGCGAAGGUCUGUUUGAAGAGAUUCAACACGGCUUUCGGUGAGGCGUAUAGGAAACAAAAAUCGUGGGUAGUUAACAACCCGAAACUCCGGGACGAGAUCAAAGUUUCGGUGGCGAAGAAGAUUGGAUCGGUGUAUCGGAGAUUUUAUGACAGGUAUCAGUUGAGGUUUGGGUCGGAUUCAUUGGUCAAGUAUGCCCCUGAUGAUUUGGAAAACUACUUGUCGGAUCUGUUGUACGGGAGCGGGGGUGUAGGGAGUGUUUCGUCAUCUUCUUCCUCGUCCCAGUCACGUGGUCCGUUGAGAUUUGCGCAGUAGCCAUAACCAAGCGUUUGGUGUUUUGGGGCUCUCUGUUUUUUGUGAAUAGAACACAGAACAGCACGUGGUUCAUUUCUACUUGCUAAAGGAGAAUUAUAAAUUUUUAGA